AGAACUCUAGCCACCGUCACUCAUCUGCGGAUUGGCCACCGGACAUGUAUGACGCUGGCGGCAGCUCGUCGUCCUGGCCGGGCGGCAAGGAGGAGCUGCAGCCCGAGGUUAUUCUCUACACGGCGUCGGCGUCGCGCCGCAGAGGGCGCACCUCCGCCGACCGCUACGCCUUGUGCGCCCUGCUACGCGGCUACGGCCUGGCCGUGGACGUGCGCGACGUGUCCACGAGCAAAGCGCACCGCUGUGAGCUCAAGUCAUUGCUUGCGGCUCGGGGCUGCGCCUUCUCCCUCCCGCAGCUCCUCGUGGGAGGCCGGCUCGUUGGCGGCCCUGACGAUGUUAGGCAGCUUCACCAGGCCGGCGAGCUGCGGCCUCUCCUCGACAGCGCCUCAAGGCCGAGCCCCGCCUUCGUGUGCCAAGCGUGUAAGAGGGUCGGCUCCGAGCCGUGCCCAAAGUGCAGCGAGUCCCGCAACAAGAUGCUGGAUCAUGGCAUUGUUGAGAAGGAGGAGGACAGGGUCGUCCUUUUUUAUCCAACCCAAGAUAUUUCAAUAGGAGGUAGAGGCAGAGAGAUGAAUGCCAGUACCAGUGUUUCUCUGGGUGCCAUGAGACCCCUACUUAAGAAGCUUGACAUGAUGCUAGGUCCUCAUGGAUGCAAGCUGACCAAGGGGGUCAAUGAUAGGUCGCAGCUCCUCAGAGAUGAUCUUGAAGAAAUAGGUGCAUACCUUGAAGAUUUGUUAGAGGUGGAAGACCCGCCCCUAGUGGCCAACUGCUGGACGAAAGAGGCGCGGGAGUUAUCUUAUGACAUCCAAGAUUGUAUUGACAACUUUGUGCCCCCUGAGUCUCUUGGGUACAAAUCUGGCCACAAGAUGACUCAUGUUAAGAUUCCCAAGAGGCUCAAGUGGCAGAAACAGAUUGAAUAUGCAGCUCCUGAUGUGUCAGGACAUUUUAUCUCCAAAACCAUUCGUGUUGAUGUCAUUCGUGCUCCCAGGAAGCUCAAGUGGUACCAGCAGAUAGUUGAAAAGGUAUCAGAAUUCAGGAUCUAUGCCCGGGAGGCGAUCCGACGGUACGAGAGGUACCAACUCCAUUGUUGUAGCACCUCGGCGGCACGUAGAUUUUCAGCCAUUGGGCCUAUAAUGCCAAUGUCGCCAAUGCCUUGUGAGAAAACUUGUUCCGGCCUAGUAAUUGAUGGUCGGAUGAGCAAGUUUAUCAACUCUUUGUCUAACGACGCGGAUCAGCAGCUCAAGGUGGUGUCUAUUCAUGGAUCUGGAUAUCUUGGUAAAACAAUGCUUGCCAAAGUGUUGUACAAUAAACUUGGGAGGAAAUUCCAUUGUCGGGCUUUCGUCCGGGUGUCCAAAAAGCCUGAUAUGAAGAGGCUUUUCCGCGACAUGCUAUCACAAUUCCAGCGGAAGCAGCCCGGAGGAAGCCAAGACGUUUCCGAUGAACUUCGUGUUACUGCUGAAAAUAUCAGGAAUUAUCUACAUGGCAAGAGGUAUCUAAUUGUUGUAGAUGAUUUAUGGGAUACAUCAGCAUGGGAUGUUAUUAAUCAGGUUUUUCCCAAGGGUAUUCAAGGCAGCAGAAUAAUAACAACUACACAGAUUGAAGAUGUUGCAUUAGCAUGUGGCUGCAAUCACCCAGAACAAGUUUUUGAGAUGAAACCUUUGGAUGAUGAUCACUCAAGGAAGCUAUUCUUUGGCAGGAUUUUUGGUACUGAAAGUGAUUGUCCUGAAGAAUUCAAACAAGUUUCAGGCCAAAUUAUAGAGAUAUGUGGUGGUUUGCCACUAGCGACGAUCAGCAUAGCUAGUAUUUUGGCAAACCAGCCUUCCUUAUCAAUGGAUUUAUUCACACGCAUACAUGAUUCAUUAAUCUCCUGUUUACUGUCAAAUUCCAGUCCAGAAACAACGAGACAAGUAUUGAAGCUCAGCUAUAACAGCCUUCCUCACUACCUCAAGACAUGUUUGCUGUAUUUUAGUAUGUAUCCAGAGGGCUCCAUACUGUUCAAACAUGACCUGGUCAGGCAAUGGGUGGCUGAAGGGUUUCUUACUGCAAGUGAAGGACAAAAUAUGGAAGAAGUUGCAGGAAUGUAUUUCGAUGAACUUGUUGACAGAAGAUUCAUCCGACCUAUGUCUAUCAACUUCAACAAUGAGGUGGUGUCCUGCACAGUUCAUGCCCUGGUGCAUGAUCUUAUUGCACACAAGUCUGCACAAGAGAAUUUCGUUGUGGUAGUAGAUCACAAUCGAAAGAUUUUGGCACUUUCUCAUAAGGUACGUCGACUGUCUCUCCAACUUGGUGAUGCAAAUUAUGCCAAGAUACCAGCAAACAUCAGAAAGUCACAAGUACGGUCACUUGUAUUUUUUGGAUUGGUGGAGUGCAUGCCUUGUAUUGGAGAGUUCAAGCUUGUUCGUGUUCUGAACCUUCAGCUAUCUGGCCAUCAUAAUGGCGACCAAGACCUGUCCAUAGACCUCUCUAGAGUAUCAGAACUGUUCCAGCUGAGAUAUCUGAAGAUUGUUUGUGAUGUCUGCAUAAAGCUUCCAAACCGUAUGAGAGGGCAGCAGUGUUUGGAAACACUGGAUGUUAUGGAUACACCAAGAGGCACUUAUGUUCCAUGGGACAUUAUAUAUCUCCCACGCUUGUUGCACCUCAGUCUUCCUCCUCACACAAAUCUGCUGGAUUGGUCUGUCGGUGACGAUCUGAGCCUUUGCAAGCCGAACCACCUGCAGGAUCUUUGCAUUUCUACACCGCCUUCUUCAGAUUCCGACCAUCUGGAGAGGAGCAUGGAAGCUCUGGAUUAUUUAAUGUAUGAGCAUGACAGCCUGAAAACUGUAAAACUGGUGGCUCACGGAUCCUCGGUUAGCUAUGGUGACGCUUCAAAAGAAAGAGCUGGCUGGAUGUUGGAUAAACCAAACCACCAUAUCCAUAGAUUUGAGGUCUCACCUCACAGCCCCGUCAUAUUUGGUUGUAUGGAUUUGUGGACGAACCAAUUUCCCAACCUAUGCAUUCUGAAGAGUGCAGUGGAUGGACUGUCAGUAUAUGAUGUUGAUUUUCUUGGAGGGUUGCCUGCCCUCACUGCUCUGUCGUUGUAUGUGGAGACGGCGCCUAGAAUGAAGAUCAUCUUUGACAAAGCCAGGUUCCCAGUUCUCAAGUACUUGAAGCUGAGGUUCACGAGUGGUAUAGCUUGGCUAAAUUUUGAAGCGGAUGCAAUGCCUAAUAUCUUGAAGCUCAGACUCGUUUUCAGUUCCAUCCCCCGAAUGGACCAACGACUUAGUCUUUUUUCGCAAUCUGACCAGUGGAAACAAUAUCAACAUGGUAGUGCAUUAAUCAGCAUCGACCAUAUGACAGGCCUUAGAGAAGUCUCCGCAAAAUUUGGAGGUGCAGCUGCUGAUCUGCAGUAUGUCUCGAGGAUCGGCGCAGUUAUUAAUCAUCCGGGAAAUCCUGUAAUAGGCAUGCAAUUAGUUGACUCUGGUUCCUAUUGUGAGGAAAGCACAGAGUCUUCUUCGCGCCUGCAUCCUCCAGGUCCAGAUGGUGGAGAGCAGCAGGUUGUGGUAUCUUGGAGCCAUACCAUUGAUGUGAUAGGUCGGGAACUCUUCAUCUAUUGCCUCCACCGGCUGUCCAGGUGGGACUAUGUCUCCAUUGCCUCCCUCAACCAUGACUUCAAUUCAGUGGUUCGCAACGGGGACAUCUACCGCCUAAGUCGGAACAAUGGGGUAGCCGAGCAUUGGCUCUACUUGUCUUGCAGUAAUAAUCGCCAGGAGUGGGAUGCUUAUGACCCGUCCACUGGGCGCUGGAUCCAAGUGCCCAAGAUGCCACCGGCUAAAGGCGACUUCUGUUAUUCGCUUGCUGUAGGAACCGAGCUGCUGGUGUUUGUGGACCGUGGAAGGGUUGCCUUGAGAUAUAGCAUCCUUACCAGUUCAUGGACAGGGCUGGCUGAUGCUGAUGCGAUGAACACCCCGCGGUACUUGUUUGGGUCAGCAAGUGUCGGUGGAAAGGUGUAUGUCGCGGGAGGCAAGGAUUCUUCUCGUAAUAAUGUAUUGAGGUCUGCAGAGAUGUAUGACUCGGAGACACAUACUUGGACACCCCUUCCCAGCAUGAAUAGGGCUAGGAUGGGAUGCUCUGGUGCGUUCAUGGACGGCAAGUUCUAUGUGAUCGGUGGUUUUCUCAGUAGGUACGAGGUAUUGACAUGCGGUGAUGAGUAUGACUUGAACCGGCGGUCAUGGAGGGUCAUCAACGACAUGUCUCAGGGGCUCAACCUUGCACUCUGGGGAGCUCCUCCGCUCAUUGCAGUUGUGAACAAUGAGCUUUAUGGCGCUGAUUACAAAGAGAAUGAUUUGAACCAGUAUGAUAAGCUGGACAAUAAGUGGAUCACUCUUGGAAAAUUGCCUCUACAGUCUAAGAAGAAGGGCUCCGACAUCCGUUUCCGAGCGUGUGGUGACCGGCUGAUUGUUAUUGGGCCUCCAAACAAUUCUACUGAUACUGAUUCAAUGGUGGUUGAACUUCAUUCAUGGACCCCGGAUGAGCAACCGCCUGUGUGGAAUUUGUUUGCCACACGGCCAUUAAGGGGCGGAUUUAUUAGAUGUGCGGUGAUGGGUUGCUGA